CCAUUUUCACCAAAAGGAUAACAACUCUUAUCAUCUUCUUCCUCAAAAGGAAUUUCAGUGAGAGAGAAGAAGAAGAAGAAAAAGAAAUGUCCGUCUCUGCUUUACUUGGAGUAAAAAUGCCCGUUCUUCCGAGCUCGGUCUUCAUCUCAUCUGGGUUUUCCGGCAAUACGCCAUCGAACACAUCCCCAAGAUUGGUGACUGGAGUCAGUACAGGACUAAAGAUAGACUGUUCUUCUCGACCGCAGAAGAAGGCUACGAAGCACCAUAUGAAGACCCGACCUCGAAAGUCUCAGCCUUGGGACAUCAAUCGCAAACCCACUGUUUAUCCUCCUGUUACGUUCCCGCCUGAUUGGACCCUCGUUGAAGACGCUGUUCCUGUCGACUUGAACGUGCUCGUGUCUUCCGAUUCUGAACCAGAAAAUGUCGAUUAAUGAACGGUAUCCCUGUUAUCUUUGUAUUCUCUGUUCUGUAAUGCAACUUUACGCUUUAGAGAUGCUAUUGUUUCAUUUGAGUUAUGGAAAAUGUUUGAAUGCAAUCAAUUGAAAAAUAUAAGAAUUGGGUUUAGAAA